AUGGAAGAGUCGAUCAAGACACGUCAAUGGCAAUUGGCCCACAAGCCGCGACACGAGCCUCAGCUUUCAGGCCCUGAACAGACUUUCAAAUUGGCUGAAGUCGACUUGCCAGAGCCCAAGGACGACGAGGUUCUUCUGAAGUUACUCUCGUACUCAAACGAUCCAGCACAGCGAGGAUGGAUUGACCCAGAUAUCCCAGCCGAGCGACUUUACGUGCCUCCAGUGAAGAUCGGACAGCCCAUGAGCGCCUUUGGCCUGGCGGAGGUUGUUGAGUCGAAGUCUUCGAAAUUCAGCAAGGGCGACACCGUAACCGCACCAACUGGCUGGACCGAGUACGCUAUCGUCAAGGCAGGGUCUUGCCAACCGGCCAAAGAUCUCCCAAGUGGCCUGAGCAAGACUCACUACCUUGGAGCUUUGGGUCUGACCGGCCUCACCGCGUACUUCGGCCUGACUGAAGUAGGCCAAACGACCAAAGACGAUGUCGUUGUAGUCUCUGGAGCAGCCGGUGCGACUGGCAUGAUGGCUGUCCAAAUUGCGAAGAAGAUCAUCGGCUCCAAGAAGGUCAUUGGCAUCGCUGGCACUGACGAGAAGUGUCGCUGGGUUGAGAAGCUGGGUGCAGACGUCUGCUUGAACUACAAGAGCAAGUCCUUUGCCGAGGACCUUAAGAAGGAGACUCCAGCCCCUGACGGCUACGCGAGCGUGUUCUACGAUAACGUUGGUGGCGAGAUCCUUGAUCUGACCCUCACGAGGAUGGGUUCAGGCGGCCGUAUCAUCGCCUGCGGAGCCAUCAGCUCAUACAACACCUCUGCCGAGCGUACUACGGGGCUGAAGAACUGGUUCGAGAUUAUAAUCAUGCGGCUGAAGGCGCAGGGCUUCAUCGUCCUGGAUUAUGCCAACAAGUUCGGACAGGCCAUCGAGUUGUUCAACAAGUCGCUGCAAGACGGCAAGUUGACUCUUGAUGAGUCGAGCGAGACGGUUGUGAAAACUCCUUUCGAGGACGUGCCAAAGACUUGGUUGAAGUUGUUCGAAGGUUCCAACCAGGGCAAGCUGGUCACGCAGCUUGUCUAG